AUGACAUAUUUGUAUCUUGAUUCAAACCAAUUCAACGGCUCCAUUCCCCAAGAAAUAGGCAACAUGAAGAGUCUUACAGACUUGAACCUCAGCAAUAACAACAUCGUUGGUGAAAUCCCUUCCACUAUACGUCAUUUAACUAAUUUGUCCUUUUUGUCCCUUAGUUGGAAUCAAAUCAGUGGUUCUAUCCCCACAGAAUUAGCUAAAUGCUCUUCACUGACCAACUUGUCUUUAAGCCACAACUACUUAAAUGGAAGCAUUCCCUCUCAAUUCAGUGAUCUUAUUUCUUUACGUUUUAUUGACCUCAGCUACAAUAAUCUCAUAGGCAACAUUCACCUUUAUCUUGUUAACUUGGAAUUUAACCUGUCAUACAAUUCUUUGAAGGGUCAAAUCUCAAAUAUUUUCCAAAAUCAUAGUUACGAUGCAUUUAUCGGCAAUAAGGAUUUAUGUGGUGACCUCAAAGGUUUCUCUCCUUGCCUUUCAUCUUCCCAAAUCAUGAGCAAUAUAAAAAUGUCACUUCCCCUCACAAUUUUCUUUGUGCUUUUACUUCUUUGGUGUUUUUUCUACUCUCGAUGUUGGGUCAUAGGGAAAACACAAUCCAAUCCAAGUAGAACAAAAAAUGGGGACUUAUUCUCAAUAUGGAAUUUUGAUGGAAAAAUUGCAUACGAAGAUAUCAUUGAAGCAACAAAAGACUUUGACAUUAGAUAUUGCAUUGGAACAGGUGGUUAUGGUAGUGUUUACAAAGCACAAUUGCCUAGCGGUAAAGUUGUUGCCCUAAAAAAACUUCAUCGCUUAGAGGCUGAGGACCCAAGUUUUGACAAGAGUUUCAAGAACGAGGUACAAAUGCUAACGGAAAUUCGGCAUCGAAACAUUGUGAAACUUCAUGGCUAUUGCUUGCAUAAACGAUGCAUGUUUUUGGUUUAUCAAUACAUGGAAAGGGGAAGCUUAUUUUGUAUCUUAAGCAUUGAUGUUGAAGCAUUGGAAUUAGAUUGGCCUAAGAGGAUGAACAUUAUCAAAAGCAUAGCACAUGCCUUAUCUUACAUGCAUCAUGAAUGCAUCCCAGUAAUUAUUCAUCGUGAUAUAUCAAGCAACAAUAUUUUAUUGAACUCUGAGCUAGAGGCUUUUGUCUCCGACUUUGGCACAACUAGACUACUUGAUCCUGAUUCCUCCAACCAAACUUUAGUUGUUGGGACCUAUGGUUAUAUUGCCCCAGAACUGGCAUAUACCAUGGUGGUGACUGAAAAAUGUGAUGUUUAUAGCUUUGGAAUGGUGGCACUAGAAAUAUUAAUGGGAAAACACCCUGGAGAACUGUUGACUUCAUUAUCAACGUUAUCUUCUCAAAAUUUGAUGUUAAAAGAAAUAUUAGAUCAACGUCUGCCACCACCAAAUCAUUCAAUUGCACAAGAUAUUUUCUUUGCUGCUUCUGUAGCCUUUGCAUGCUUACGCACCAAACCAAAGUCUCGACCUACAAUGAAAUGGGUGUCCCAAGAAUGUUGUUCAGGUAAGAAACCACUAGCCAUCCCCUUGCAUGCAAUUUCACUGUGGCAGUUAAGGAAUCAAGAAACUUAUAUGAUGGGAGAGACUGAAACUCAAUCAUUUAGUGCUUCUUGUUAG